ACGUCAGCACGCAGCAGCCACUACCCGGAAGUAACCACCCAGCUGUUAUCUUGAAGCUAGUUUUUAUGCAGCACAUGUAGCAUCGGCAGAUCUAAUGAAACAAGCGGGGAAUAAAGCGGUGUUUUAUCAUGCUGGUUCCGGAGUAGAAGACUGAGUCGACAGAGGCUUCGGAGAUUUCAUUCUCCUUCACUUUCCUCCGGUCCGAGAGCUGAAACAAGGUGUGAAUGAGUGACGCUGUGCCGCCCUCAGCUCUCAGUGAAGUCCAGCUACGCUUCCUCUGCCACGAUGACAUAGAGAAUGUCAAGCUGCUCUGUGGGGACUGGUUCCCGAUCGAGUACCCAGACUCAUGGUACCAGGACAUCACCUCCAACAAGAAGUUCUUCUCUCUCGCGGCCACCUUCAGGGGCAUCGUGGGAAUGAUAGUGGCCGAGAUCAAAGGCCGGACCAAAGUGCACAAAGAGGAUGGAGAUAUCCUGGCCUCCAGCUUCCCGGUGGAAACACAGGUCGCCUACAUCCUCAGCCUGGGAGUGGUCAAAGACUUCAGGAAACAUGGCAUAGGCUCCCUGCUGCUGGACAGCUUGAAGGAGCACAUCUCCACCACAGCGCAGGACCACUGUAAGGCCAUCUAUCUGCACGUGCUCACCACCAACACCACGGCCAUCCACUUCUACGAGAACCGGGACUUCCGGCAGCACCACUACCUGCCGUACUAGUACUCCAUCAGAGGCGUGCUCAAAGACGGCUUCACGUACGUGCUCUACAUCAACGGGGGGCACCCGCCCUGGACCAUAUUGGACUACAUCCAGCACCUGGGCUCGGCGCUGGCCGGCCUGAGCCCCUGCUCCAUCCCUCAGAGGCUCUUCAGGCACGCCCAGGCUCUGCUGCGCUCGCUGCUGCCCUGGUCCAACAUCGCCUCCAAGACCGGCAUCCAGUACUCCAAACCAUGUGACCAGCAAGGAGUGCACCUCAUCAGUCUUCCCCUGAACACGCCGAGAUGUACAAGCACACUCACAUCCUCCAUGAUACUAGCUUAUUAUUCCAGAUCCAGAUUGAAAACACGUUUGGGUGAUUUGACACUGACAGACGGUGGGAUCGGGAACUCUUUGAAAUACUCUAAUAUCCCGUAUGUACUCUUCUAUCCUAAACUAAGUUACUGUGUGUACCCAGGUCGUAGAUACACACACACACACACACUGGGAGAGACUCAUCCUGUCCACCACUGUCACAGAGACUAUGUAUACUGUUUGUAUAUUAUAUAUACUAAUAUAUAUAUAUAUAAAGUCUGUCUAUUCUAUGCUGUCGGUAGUUCAAACAUCCUGUCUCCUUUAGUCCUGAGUCAAUUCCACUUUGUAAAAUAGAGACUCGAACACAGCGUGUGGACCUAGCUAUGCUAACAUGCUAGUAGGGAACAUCUUAGUAGAAAUUGGAUUCUUCUCGUUUUAAAAAAACAACCCGUUAUGGUCUGAUCAGCUGUGGAAGUCUUACGGGAAAAACACGAUCAACACUCAAAGUCCUUCACAUGCUUUCCAAAUGUUCCCCAUGUGUAAAUCAAACCAGAAUGUGCUAGAGGGGGGGUGGUCUUCAUUUUAAGAGGUUUUAAAACUGUCUGUCGGUGCUGCUAAUGUAAAAGAAAUGUCCAUUUUUUGUUUGUCCGGAUUUUAAAUUUAAGGCAGAGAUUCGAUUUCACCUGGGCCCUUAGAAGAGAUUAGAAAGCUCUCACAGACACACACACACACCUUGCGUGCCAGCGUGCGUGCAAGGUGUGUGUGUGUGUGUGUGUGUGUGGGAUACAAACAGGUACGAUUCCCCAACAUGUGGACUUUGUAGUUUCUUAAUUGUUCGCUUUGCUUGUGCACCCUAUGAGGCGAAUGCAUUUUAUACAGGCUGAGCACUGAAGAGGUCACCGUGUGCAUCAAUUGAUUGUUAGAGUUCUCCCUAGGCUGGGACUCAAAAGUAAAUUCAGAGACUUGUGUAUGCAAUAAACGUGUUUA